AUGAACGAGAAGAUGACCGCGGCGGUGAUCGGAGUGGUAGGGGCGGUGAUGACGCUGGGAGCUUAUUCGCAGAGCAUGGUGUCUCCAAGCAGCUGCAUCGGAGCUGCUCUUUGUGUUCUCAUGUAUGGAUUGCUUGUCGGUGAAGGUUUCAUCCCUAAUCCUCUCGAAACCAACUCCAUCGACUCAGCAACAACAACAAGCUCCGUCGUCAAACCCAAAGCUAACUGA